CGAUGGAAACCAUCUGUGGGGAAGUUGUCGCUCAGUUUUGUGGGGAUCUCCAGCUCCAGAGAGCCGGUCCGAGGUUCAGCGAAUGAGCACUUGUAUAAUCCUACCGAGAAUUCUUCCGGACUUGGGGCGGGGCCUCCACGUGCAGAAUCCGAUGAUUAGAUCUCAACGACAACUCACUCCAUCUGAUAAAGGCGCAUAUUGCAAGACGUUUAUAAGAAAGCUACUGGUGCCGUUUUCAAGCCACCGAACGAACGCUUGUCCUUUUUGACGCUGCGUACUACUCUUACAAUACUCAGGUGGCCAAGCGUUUUACAAACGACACAAAAGUUUAACAGCAUCACAAUGACUGUUCCUCAAAGGCCUUGGUGGAAGGAUGGUGUCGUGUACCAGAUAUACCCUGCUUCCUUCAAAGACUCCAAUGGCGAUGGCAUUGGUGACCUUAACGGCAUCAUCUCAGAGUUGGACUACAUCCGCUCUAUCGGUGUUGACGUCAUUUGGAUUUGUCCCAUGUACGAUUCACCUCAAGUCGACAUGGGGUAUGACAUUCGUGACUAUGAGGAUGUGUACAGACCAUAUGGUACCGUCCAAGACAUGGAGAGACUGAUUGCCGAGACACAUUCACGAGGCAUGAAGAUCAUAUUAGAUCUGGUAGUCAACCACACUUCUGACCAGCACAAAUGGUUUCAAGAGUCACGGUCGUCAAAAGAUAACCCCAAGAGAGACUGGUACAUCUGGAGACCAGCUCGGUAUGUUGACGGUCAGCGCAAAGCUCCCAACAAUUGGGUCUCCAACUUCACAGGGAGUGUUUGGGAAUGGGAUGAACACACCCAAGAGUACUACCUCCAUCUCUUCUGCCCUGAACAACCCGAUCUCAAUUGGGAAAAUCCAGAAACUCGACAAGCCAUCUACAAGUCCGCUAUGGAAUUUUGGCUACAGCGUGGUGUCGACGGCUUCCGUGUUGAUACUGUCAACAUGUACAGCAAGGGUGAGAUGCUAGACGCCCCAGUCACUGAUCCAGGUUCCGAAUGGCAGUUUGCUGGAUACCAGUACUGCAAUGGUCCAAGGAUGGCAGAGUUCUUGAAUGAGAUGAACCAGAUCUUAGAGAAGUACGAUGCCAUGACAGUUGGCGAAUGUCCGCACACACGCGACAUGAAGAGGGUACUAGAAUACGUCAGCGCGAAAGAGAAGCAGCUAAACAUGGUCUUCCAAUUCGAUGUCGUCGACGUCGGUCAAGGUCCCUACAAGUUCCAAACCACACCCAAGAACUGGACACUUCCAGACUUCAAGCGUGCGAUGGCCCGCACACAAGAUUUAAUUCGCUCCCCCUCAGAUGGCUGGACCACUGUCUUCCUCGAGAAUCACGACCAAAGUCGGUCUAUCUCGCGUUUUACUUCUGAUGCGCCUGAGCACCGCGUCGCAGGCGGUAAGAUGCUCGCAUUGAUGAUGGCAGCACUCAGCGGCACACUAUUCAUCUACCAAGGCCAAGAAAUUGGUAUGACCAACUUCCCUCUAACCUGGGAUAUGAGCGAGUACAAAGAUGUCGACUCGUCGAACUACUACAAAAUGGUAGCUGCGCGGACAAACAACGAUCCUAAGGCCCUCGAAGAUGCGCAUGUGUCGCUUCAGCACCUUGCUAGAGAUCAUGCUCGUGUCCCAAUGAGCUGGUCGACUGCACCACACAACGGCUUUUCGCCUCCGGACGCAACCGCAAAACCGUGGAUGCGGCCCCUCGAGGAUGCGGAUGUAUGCAACGCCACCCAGCAACAAAGCGACAAGAAUUCCGUCCUGGCUUUCUGGAAGCGUAUGUUACAAGUGCGCAAACAGCACAACGAUCUCCUUGUUCACGGUCAGUACGACGAUUUGGACUUGGAGAGCAAAGAUUUCUUCGUUUUCAGCAAGACAUGGAACGAGAAGAAGGCAGUAUGCAUUUGCAACUUCACGGAUAAAAAGAAGGAUCUGGUAUUCCCAGAAAGCGUGAUGGGCAAGAAGAUGGACCUUCUUGUUAGCAGUGUUGAUGACUGCGAGGAGAAGAAGUUGGCUGCUUUUGAAGGGAGGAUCUAUUUACUUGCGUAGAUAGCAUCACCUGAACAGAUUUUCUGCUUGAUGCUAUACCUCACUGAGCUACAUGAGCGACCUGCAUCGAUAGACGAUGUGAGAUAUUGUUCCAGGUAGCCAACUGCCCACUUCUCGCCUCCAAUCUGGGGAUCUCUUGGGCUUGGGUCUGCACCAAUUCGUCGGCCAAAUCUUCUAAUCCUGCAGCUGUCUUCGACUGCGUAACCUGGUACCAAGGGUCGUUCGCGCCACCAGGACUGCCAAGUGGCAAGUUCGGCGAGCUAGCGUUGCUGAGUGCUUCAGGGAACAUAGUCUGUAGUCGUAACAAUUUCUCUUGC